AUGAAGUUUAACGUCUUUCGCGUUCUGGGCGAUGUGUCCCACCUCGCUUCGAUAUGUGUCCUAAUUUGGGCGAUGCACAGGAACAAGAGCGCUGAGGGUGUUUCACUCCUUACACAGCUGCUCUAUGGGGUCGUUUUUGUCUUUCGCUAUUUGGAUCUGCUCGACGGGAGUUCUUGGAACAUUAAACUUGGAGGCUUUGGCACAUUGUGGAAUCUCAGCUUCAAGUUCUUCUACCUGAGCUCCUCCUUCUACAUUGUGUUUAUCAUGAUGAAAGUCUACCCGCGCACUCGGGAGCGGGAGAGAGCUUGGAAGCUUGGAAUAUAUUCAGUGGUUGGAUCCCUGGUGAUGACACCUAUCAUGAUGACUAUCACAAAGGACUGGCCCUCUCAGUGGUUCCUGGAGUUCUGCUGGGCCUUCUCGGUCAUCCUUGAGUCUGUGUGUGUACUGCCUCAGCUUCUGCUUCUCCGCCAAACCACCGUUCCCACCGUGAUUGACUCCUACUAUCUCCUCACAUUGGGCUCCUACCGAGCAUUCUACAUAUUGAACUGGUUGGUGCGUGGCUUCGGCAGCGAACACUUUUGGGAUCCGAUCGCCUUCAUCUUCGGCAUCGUGCAGACCGCCUUCUACCUGGACUUUGCCUGGGUAUACUACUCUCGCCAACGAGUGAAGCUGCGCAACGGUGGCGUCGUGGACUCAGAAGAUUUCAGCAAGAGCUGGCUCGUGAACCGCGUAGUUAACUUCCGUGCUCGACGCACCUCAGCUGAUGAGGAACAGAACCUGCGCGAUGACGAGGAAGGUGUGGACGGCCGCCCCAGCAACAACCGGUGGGGUGCCAGAGGCAUUUCCAUCGCGGCCGAUGAUACCCUGGAGGAGCACCAGGAGCGGCACCACGAUGAUGACGACCUCGACGGGGACCGAGAAGCUAGGUGA